AUGGAUACCAACACCAUACUGGUCAGCAGCACACUUUGUACCAGCUUUCUCAUCUUUCAGCUUCUUUUCCACUUUGUAAGUUCUUGGUUUUCAGCAAAAGUUUCUCCAGGUUUUAAUAAUCUCAGCUUUGAAAAGAAGAUUGAAUGGAACUCAAGGAUAGUAUCUACAUGCCAUUCUUUGCUGGUUGGGAUUUUGGGCCUGUACAUUUUCUUCUUUGAUGAGGCUAUCAUAGCAGAUCCACUUUGGGGUCAAUCAUCACUGGCGACUAUGAAUAUUGCUACUGCUUCAGGCUACCUCAUUUCUGAUUUGUUGAUUCUCAUUUUGUAUUGGAAAGUGAUUGGUGACAAAUGUUAUAUAAUUCACCAUUGCACGGCGUUGUAUGCAUACUUCUUUGUAAUGGUGAAUGGAGUGCUGGUAUAUGUUGCGAAUUUCCGCCUGCUUGCAGAGCUUUCCAGCCCUUUCGUAAAUCAGCGAUGGUUCUUUGAAACUCUGAAGUAUUCUAAAUUUUCCAAAGCUAACGUCAUCAAUGGAAUUCUCAUGACGGUGGUAUUCUUUGUCGUGCGGAUAGUAGCAAUACCUCCUUUGUAUGGCUUCAUGCUUGCCGUGUAUGGAACAGAACCCUACAGAAGGCUUGGAUGUUUAAUCCAGUAUUCCUGGAUUUUUACUUGUAUUGUUUUGGAUGUGAUGAAUGUCAUGUGGAUGAUCAAAAUUUCAAAAGGGUGCAUCAAAGUCAUCUCUCUCAUGAGACAAGAGAAAGCCAACAAUCUUCUUCAGAAUGGAAAAGUUGACUAAAGGUGUGCUUUGUCAAACACCUUCAUUUAGAUAAGCAAUCCUCAUUACU